AUGAGUAGUGAAGAACAACAACAACAACAAAGCAACAAUGGAUUGGUGACAGUCAGAGUCGUAAAGUCACUCGAAUACAGAAAUAUCAAGAAUCUAGUACUACGUGACAUCGAUUUGAAUAUGAAGGUUUCAGAGUUUAAAGAAUACGUUAAAAAUAAUGAAGAUAGAUUAACAGAUUGUGGAGUGAUCAAUGAGACAGAGAUAUCAUUCUUUAAUCUUGAAGAUUACAAUAAUUUUAAAGCAAAUCCAAAAGAAAGAAAGAUUGAAGACGAGUCAUCUAUCAAUGAUGUAUAUAAAAAUGGAGCAGGAGGAAUUAUACCAUUUGUAAAGGAUGUUUAUCCACCAGAUCAAGUCGAUCCCAAUGUACCAUUGUUUUGUUUUCCAGAGGAGAUUGAUAACAAGGCGUUUAUGAAUCAAACCUAUACACCUUCGAAAUCGAGCGAAUCCUUUUCAUUUGUAUUGACAGAUAGAGAGGGAAACCAACAGUUUGGAUUCACACGUCGUAUAGUGACUGCUGUCCCUACGCUGGGACGCAUCCCAGAGUCACUGUGUAUCAUAUCAAAACAUGCAUGGUUUAGUACAUUUAUAGCAAUCUUGGAGAUACUCGAGGUGAGAUAUCGCGCAUCAAUGGAGGAGAUUCACAACUUUUUGGCAGCUGCCCUUCUCUCUGCCAUUCCUGCACCAGGUGACACCUUUACAGUCUAUAUAUACAACAACCCAUUUAUAUCUGCAUCCUCUUCAUCAUCAUCAUCUACAUCGACCACUACAUCACCUUCAGCAACCACUAUCACAGGUACACGCGAUCGUAGUCUGUCAACACCUAAUCUUACCAUUUCAACUGGUGGUGCUGGGGAUCCCCACCAUCAAUCUGAUAAGAGUUCUCAACCAUUACCUGUAUCAUAUCAAUUAAAGAGACCUUUGGCAACUGAUAAAUCAUCGUUGCACGACGGAACAUUAUUACCAUUGAUAGAGUCAUUGACAUCACAAAAGAUUCUAUCAUUGUUUAUAUCUCUGUUGUUUGAGCGACGUAUAAUCAUCUACUCGGAGAAUAUCAGUCGCGUGAGCAAGUUUGUCAAUGCGGCCGUCUCGAUGAUCGAUCCAUUUGUUUGGCAACAUAUAUUCAUCCCCAUUCUUCCUCGUUCUCUAUUAGACUAUGUCACGGCACCGAUGCCAUUUAUCAUUGGUAUCCAUUCAUCACUGUUUCCAUUGAUUCGUAAAAAGCCACUCUCUGAAAUCAUCUAUGUCGACUUGGACAAGGAUCACGUCCUUCCUCUACCAGAAGAUAUAGCAUUGUUUCCUCCUCAACUUUUACAACCUUUAAAAGUUUGUUUAGAUUUACAAAUUGCUGAUUUUAAAAAAAACAAACAUUAUGAUAACAAAGUAAUAGUUGAUACAUUUAGAAAGUUUUUUGUUACUAUUAUGGGUACCUAUAGAAGAUUCUUUUUAAAGGAUUUAGAUAAAAGAAAAUCAAUUUUUGAUAAGGCAUCAUUUAUUGAUUCUCAAAUUAUUAAUCCUGCAAAGUUUUUUACAACAUUUUGUUCAUCACAAAUGUUUGAAAGAUUUAUAGCAGAACGUGAAGAAUAUUUUUUCAAGGGAAUUACACCACCAGGAUCAUUUGAAAAAGAGGUUAUUCUUUAUGAUUUAAAGCAUCCAGUAACUGCAUCGAUCAAUAAUACAUUGAAAAACAAGGAAAAGGAAAAAGAAAAAGAGCGUGAAAAGGAGAGAUUGGAAAAGGAACGUGCAAAAUCCGUUGCCAAGGCAAAUGCUUACAAGACGGUACUCGAUCCAAAGAGAUUGAGUGUUUUAAAUCCACCAAAAUCAAACGGUCUUAGUGUAGAUCGUUCAUUCUUGUCAUCACUCAUUGGAACCAAUAAUAAUAGCAGUGCGACUGUGGGAUCACUCACAGUUGUAAACACGAGUACACCAUCUACAUCACCAUCACUACCACGUGCUGCGUCACCUACAAUGACACGGUCUACCACGAUGGGUAGUAUAUCGUCAAAGGCACAAACCAUGACUGCUCUAGAGGUUGGUUCACUUGCUCCUCUAACCGAUGUUCAAUUACCAAUCCCUGCUCAUAUUCAACAACAACAACAACAACAGAAAUUACAACAACAACAACAACUAUUACAACAACAACAAACAUCAGAACAACAAGGAGGAGUAUCAUUACCAAAACCAAAAUCACAUACCAACCUUGCUUCAUUGGCUUCAAAUAUUGUACAAAACGCAGCUAGUAUUACAAAGUCAACAUCAGCUUCAUUUACAUUGGGACAUGGUCAAUCGUUGUUACCACCAAAUCCAACUCUUCCCUCUGGUAAUCAAUCGUUGUCGUCUGCCACUCACACUGGUGGAUCUCAUAGCAGAACUCUUUCAGAUGUUGGAAAUAUCAUUCUAUCUGUAACAAAGAAAUCUACCCAAAUAUUGUCUAGUGGCACUACACAACCAACAAAACCAAUAGCAUCCGAUCAAACUCUAAAUAGUAAUAAUGUUAAUACUGCAGCAACAAGCAAUGUUAUCCCACCUACUACUACUGCUGCUGCUAAUACUACUACUACCAACAAUACUGUACAAAUUAUACAAACACAUCCAAAUUCUCCUACUCGUAUGGGUAUUGGACACCGAUCUUUACCAUUUACAUUGAUUCAUCAAAAGUUCUCACCAAACGAUCCAACUAGAAUGACCAUUGAAGAUAUAUUUAAUUUAUUCUAUCCAGGACAGAAACCAAGCAAUGGAACAACAACACCUGUCGUCACCCCACACCAACCAGUGACCAGCACAAGUGGUAUGAAAAAAUCAACGUCACAAGAAAAGAAUAUAUUCAAGAUUCCAGAGUUGCCCGAUAAUAUAUCCAUCCCCUUGUCAAUCAACAAGACAAAUAAGAAUCAAUUUAUGACACAGGCUAGUGGAAGUGCAGGCAAUAUCAACACCCAGCACGCUACAAACACCAACUCUGGCAUCCAAUUGACGGCCAGUGCACCAGCCAAUCCAACCAUCAUUUCAUCAUCCUACGCUGUUUCCGAUAAAUCCACCCUUCCACCCCCUCCCAUUAGCGCUCACUCUAUUCUUCAUCGAAGAACACAUCAGAGAUCUGUAUCUGAAAAGGAGUUAUUGGAAGCUGAAAAGGAACAAUUAUUAUUACAACAACAACAAAUUCAACAAGUUCAACAAGUACAAGUUCAACAGCAACCUAUGGUUGUGGCUGCAGGAGGAGGAGGAAUCCAACAACCACAACCAUCAUUAAGAUUAUCAUCAUCAUCUGUACCAAAACCAAUUACUACGUCAUCACAACUUGAACAACAACAACAACAACAACAACAUUUACAACCAAUAGUAGAAAAUGUUUUACAACAACAACAACAACAACAAGAACACAAUGGAUUACCACCUUUGACAAGUACUGUACAAUUACCAAUACCUGUAGCCAAUGUAGAUCAUAAUCCAUUACCACCAUUGAAUACUGGUGCACCUGUGGUUGUAGAUUUAAAUACCUCUGGAUCAUCAUUGAUUCAUCGUAGUGGAGGCACCCCAAUGAUGUGUCGUACGAUGAGUAGCAACAACUUUUUCGAUAAUAACCCUCUCUCGACCAACAUUGAGACGUCACCAGCCGUAGUGUUGGCAUCGAGUACUGCUAGCUGCUCGAGUAGCAACAGCAACUUUUUCAAUGAAUGUUCAUUGUUGGGUGUGCCAUCUUCGUUGCCACACAUUGCAGGCUCGACACCCCUUUCAACAGCAACAUCAUCUGUUGCAGCACUCAGCAGCACCUCUUCGUUGAAUAGUUCCUAUGGAUCAUUUACAUCGGCAGUCUUAAACAAUAGUAAUAUAUUAUCGGCAUCGGGUAUGAUGAUGAUGCCACCAUCAGCUGCAAUGAUAUCAGCAGCUGCUGCUGCUCAACAAGGACAACAACAACAACAUACACAACCACAACAACAACAACAACCACAACAACCACAACAACAACAAGUUUCUGUUCCUGUUUCAUCUACACCAGUUGUUCCAGUGUCAGCAGCAGUAGCAUCAGGAGGAGGAGUCCCAUCUCAACAACAACAACAACAACAACAACAACAACCAAAUAACAACCAUAGUAAUGCUUCAUCUUUUUCAUCCAAUCAAAAUGUUGUUACUUCUUCAACCAGCAAUGUUUUACCACCUCUUAUUCCACAUGGAGGUAGUACUACUUCUUUGUUGCCUCCUCCCGCCUCACUCCACAGCAACCACUUUUUCGAUCAAUCACCUCUUAGCCAAUCAUCGUUUGUUGAUUUUGGACCUCCAGCUCCAUCCCUCCCCGGUCUCAAUAAUAAUAGUAACGGACCAUAUAAUCAAAUGUUGGCAUCAUCCACUCCACCAACCUAUACUCAACCCCAACAAGUACAACCACAACAACAACCACCGGUUCAACAAGGAGAAAAUGUAUCUCUAGAGAGAGAAAUGGUUAAAGCAAAUAUAAAGGAAUGUCUAAAGAAUGAAGACACAGCAAUUCCAUUGGAACUGGAUUUAAAUUCAUUGAAAUUGAAUAAAUUUCCAAGUGAAUUGAAAAAGGAAAUAUAUAGAGACAAGAAGAAACUGGUCAAAGCAAUGAUAAAGAAACUUGAUGUCAGUAUCAACAAACUCAACGAUUUCAAAUGGGACUUGUCAUCUAGUUUUGACCAAUUGGACUAUCUAAAUUUGUCGGGGAAUCCAUUGUCAUCGUUGAUGACGAUUGGGUUACCUGGAUCCGUCUAUCUCAAGACUAUCACCAAGAUUGAUGUAUGUGGAUGCAAAUUAUUACGUGUUGGACAAAACGAUCUCAGACAAUUGACCAAUCUUGCUCAACUCAAUCUCUCCAACAAUGAGAUUGGCGAGAUUCAUCCAGAGGCAUUGAGCUGUCUUGCCCAACUCGAGGACCUCAAUGUCAGUGGUAACUCGUCUCUCAAGGCCAUUCCAGAGGCUGUUUUAAAGUGCCGUCAAAUCACUCAUUUGGAUGUCAGCGGGUGUUCAAUCAAUGAACUGCCACAUGACCUCUCUCCCCUCGCCAAAAUGCUCGAACUCAACCUUGGAAAUAAUAAUAUCAGCGAGAUUCCAGAUUCGAUCAGUCUCCUCGUUUUUCUUUGUCGCAUCAAUCUCCAAGACAACAACAUCCGCAAUCUUCCACUGUCAAUUGGAAAAUGUAGAGGCAUUGUAUCCCAAAUGAACGGUAUCAUCCUUCACGGCAAUCCAUUGGAUGCUGAAAUCAAACAAUUGUACAAUGAAAAUCCAGCAAAGUUGGCAGCCUAUCUCGAAAGAAGAUAUCAACUACAAGGUGGUGACACACUAAACUUUAAAUUGGCAGCUCAAUAUAAACAUCAACAACAACAACCAGCAGCAGCAACGCCAACAAAAUCAUCACCACCCUUGUACCCACAAUCUCCACCAAAUACAGGAUACCCAAUUGCUACUACUACCUCUACCACCACUUCUUCCAAUCAAGCCAAUUCAGCAGCUUCAUCACUACAAUCAAAUACUCCAACUACAUCAGUACUAUCAACGAGUAAUGGUAGUUCAAUGGCUUCAUCACCUCGAUCCUACAAAUUAUCAGUAUCAAAUGAAGCAUGGAGAGAAUUGCCAAAUCACAUUCCUGGUCCAAAACACAAUCUUGGUGGUGGUGGAUCAUCUGCUUCUUCUUCCCCCAUUUCCUCAUCUCCCAUGACAAAUCCUUUAAGACUCUCCCAACAAUAUCAACAACAACAACCACCACCAUCACCACUACACCAUAGUGCUGGUGGUAUUAGAACUCAAUUUCAAUUUUCCGACUCCCCAUCAUCGUCACCCUCUACUCCAUCACCUUUAUCAUCAUCACCUCAAUUUAUGACGCAACAACAACAACAACAUCCAGAAGACCCAACCGUUACAAUGAUGAAAGAGAAUAUUUAUGGAAUGAUUAAAAAUGAAUUUAGACAAAACAUUACAUCAAUCUAUGAAAAAGUAAACAAAUCAUCAAAUGUCAAAGAACUAAUUCAAUUUGCUACAAUUGUUAGAUCUAUCCAAUCUGAAUUGGAUGAUAUUGGAAAGAUUCUGGCAUAUAAAAAGAUUUAUUUACCAAAUAUUGAAAAAAACAUUGGAAGUAAUGCUAGUGAAACCGAAAAAUUCAAUCAAUUGAAACAACUUGUUAAAUCAAAGAUUGAAAUAUGUGUAAUUUAUUCAAAACAUACAAUAGAACAUGUUGAUAUUCAACAUAGUAUGUCUGACCUAUCUUUUGUCUAUAGAGUUAUUAAAUCAUUAUCAAAUAAAUUGACUUUAUAA